AUGGAAGUAGAGAACCCUACGAAGGACUGGACCAGGCUUGGAGUCGUUGCAAAUGACCUUUUCCAAGAAGACCUUUAUCAAGAGCGAAUUCGCGAUAUGAUUGCAAAUGACUCAACCAGACUAGCAGUCUCACUUGACGACAUUCGCCAAAAAGACCCAAAUCUGCCAGAUAUGAUUUUUAAUGAGCCUAUUGGUGCAAUCCGCGAGCUGGAGACUGCAUUAAAAAAUGCUGUCAUGAACGAAGUCGAAGCUGGGAAGAAAGUGACUCAAUCCUACCGCAUUACUUUUGAAGGCAAUUUUGGGGUAUUUUACAUAACUCCAAGAGGGCUGAAGUCGACCUAUACAAAUAAACUCGUAAGAGUCCAGGGGAUAGUCACCAGAAUGAGCUUGGUGCGGCCUAAACUGAUGUCUUCUUCUCAUUACUGUGAUGCCACCAAAAAAUUUGUUGAUAGAGAGUACAGUGACCAAUACGACUUGGAGACUCUUACUCCCCCCAAACAAAAAAUCAUAAAGGGGUUAAAUUUUUUUUCAAAAUUUUUUUAUAUAUAAUUCUAUAGUAAUUUUUUUUUUCGAAAUUGAAAAAAAAACCCAAUUCACAAAAAUUGGAAAGCAAAUAUUUAUUUAAUUUAAUUUGCAAAAAUUUAUUUUUAAAAAUGUAAGUUGUUUAAAAUUAAUCAGAAUUAGCAAAAGAUUACGUUAUAACAAUUACCACUAUAUAUAAAAUGUUUUCGCUCACGGGGGGUGAUAUUACCCAAAAAUAGUAUUUUUCCAAUGGUUUUAUCCCUCACAGAGGGACGGGAGUUAGAGACAGCUCCAGAAGCAAUGCGAUACCUACGCACGACCCUGAUGGUCACCCUUACAGCUUUGAGUAUGGUUUGAGCAAAUACAAAAAUCAUCAAACUUUAACGAUUCAAGAAUUGCCUGAACGCUCACCAGUAGGCCAGCUGCCAAGGUCAAUAGAAGUUAUAUUAGAAGACGAUCUAGUUGAUAAGGUGAAGCCUGGCGACAGAGUGGAUGUGGUCGGUGUUUAUAAAACCAUCAGCACAGCCUCAUCUGGGAGUGUCGGAAUUUUCAAAACAAUCAUUAUUGCUAGCAACGUGGUUACAAGAGGCCUUGAGCUUAGUAUGCCUAAUAUGACAGGUACAGACAUCAGAAAUAUCAAAGAACUCAGCAAAAAGACCAAUUUGUUAGAAAUUCUUGGUACUUCUUUUGCGCCUUCAAUUUUUGGUCACGACCAAAUCAAAAAAGCACUUGUUUUAUUACUGCUUGGAGGAAUAGAGAAAAACUUACUCUCACACAAAAAGAGCGAGCAAAGUAUUGGAGCAAUUAAUCCCCUUUAAAGAUUGGGAAAAAAAAUUUUUGAUAUAAUUUGUUUUUAUUAAAAUAUUUUUUAAUUUUUAAUAGCUAUUAUAACGAGAUUUCUAGCUCAUUAUAUUGAUUUAGGGCAACUUGCAUUCUUAAAGUAAAUUUUAUUGAUUAAAUUCAAAUUUCUUUCCAAAUUCUACAAAAUAUUUUAAAAAAUUAAAAUGAUUGUCUAUAUAUAAUUAAUAUAAAUUUUUAAUUAGAUUAAGGAUCUGCAUUUAUAGUCCCCAAUUCCUGAUAGCCAUGCGUUCCACAGUGUCAGCCUUGGAGUAGGUGGCCUUAAGGUAAAUUGAGACUGAGCCAAACCUCAGUUUCAUGAUAGAGGCAUUUUUCCUCCAUGGCUCGAGCAAUACGAAUUUUUCGGGAGUCUCCAUAUCCAGCUCAAGCACCAGCAUAACCCAAACCUUUUUCCAGGAACUUUUGCAAGCACUAUGAGUCUUCGUAUAGCCCACCUUCCCCUUGCCCCUGAUCAGUCCCAAAGAAAAAACUCAUUACUUACACUAUAUUUGCAAAGCCAUCAAGCAGCCUAAGCAGAUAAGUCGCAGUGCCUCUAUCGGACACGACAAAAAAGAUUCAAAAAGUGCUGCUCGAGCCAGACCACUAAUCAGCAGAAUAGUUCUGGGCCUCUCGCUUCAAGGAUAACCCAAACCUUGAGCAGCUCCUUACACCAAAAGCCACGUCCAAAUAUGCAUAAGGACACCUGCCACUGAGAGGGCUCGUCGCUCAUCAUCAGCCAUUUUACAUCUAUAAUAUCUCAAAGAGGUUAAUGCUGCAAUAAAAUAGAUAAUAAAUAAAUAGUAUAUAUAAUUUAGAUUUUAAAAAAUUUUAAAUUCAACCAACAAAUUUUGCACGUUCUACAAAUGGGUGAUUCAGAAAAUGGCACCCACUUGAGAGGAGACAUUAACAUCAUGUUUAUCGGUGACCCAUCAACUGCAAAAUCGCAACUUCUACGAAGCAUAAUGAAUAUCGCCCCACUUGCCACAAGCACCACAGGAAGAGGUGCCUCAGGUGUAGGUCUAACUGCUGCAGUCUCUAAAGACAGAGAAACUGGUGAGAGGAUUCUAGAAGCUGGCGCUAUGGUUUUGGCUGACAGAGGUGUUAUAUGCAUUGACGAAUUCGAUAAAAUGAACGAAGUUGAUCGUGUCGCCAUUCACGAAGUCAUGGAGCAGCAAACAGUCACCAUUGCAAAAGCAGGAAUCCACACCUCACUAAAUGCAAGAUGCAGUGUUGUGGCUGCCGCAAACCCAAUAUAUGGAAGCUAUAUGAGAGAUAAAUCACCAGCUUGGAAUAUUGCACUGCCAGACUCUUUAUUGUCUAGAUUUGAUUUAUUAUUUGUGGUUCUCGACCAAAAAAUGCCAGAAAUUGAUCGACUGAUUGCAAGCAGAGUCAUCCAAAAUCACUGCUACUCAGGAAAUGGCAAUAUUGAUGAUAUGGACUUGGAUAACCCAGUAAUAGAGCCACUGCCCGAAGAAGGAGUGCAUGAUGAAGAAGACACCCCUGUUUAUAUCAAUUAUGAAGGAAAAGAUGUCCUUCAUAGGAAUUUCUUGAAAAAAUUCAUUUAUUAUGCUAAAAAAACAGUGGAGCCGAAGCUCACCAAUGAGUCUAGCAACUAUAUUGCUCAGUCGUGGGCGACUUUGAGGUCAAAAGAAGAGGAAGGAGGGAGGCAUAGAAUCGUUCCUAUCACUGUGAGAACACUUGAAACACUUAUCAGGCUUUCAACUGCGAUUGCUAAGGCUCAUCUUUCACAAACUGUUAAACUUGCUCACUGUGAGGAAGCUUUUAAUUUAUUGAAAUUUGCUAACAAGCCUAACUAAUAAUGAACAUUUUUAAUAUAUAUAUUAUAUUAAUAAAUGUAAUUUUUCUAUUAAUUUUACAUUUGGGCCGAAAAAAUUAAUAAAUUCGAUUUAAUUUUAAGCAAAAAUCUAAUUUUCUUAUUAAAAGAAUCAUAAAGACAAUCUGCAGUCUGUAUGCUAUUAAUGAGGGACAGUAAGCUAUUUAUACACCAUUCUAAAUUAAAUUAAAAUAAUUUUUUUAGAUCUCUAGAAUCUGAAUCCUGGUUUAUAAGAUUAUAAUAAAUAAAAUCGCAAAGCUCCUUCUUUUAUUCAAUCCAAAACAAUAUAAUAAAUAUGCAUUCACAUAAGACAGCUAAGCAAAGUCCCCUAAAUCAUAAAGGGCGGAAUAUUUUCCAAGAAGAAGAAAAACGAGUUAUCCCACAGGCUGAAGAAGACGUAGAAAUGGCUGAUGUUUUGACAUCACUUGGAAGCAAAUCCAAGAAAAGGCAGAGGAAAAGAGAAGAUGAGUCAGGGAAAGUAAGCUCACUAGUGUCAAAGUCAAAAGCAGGCUCGUCCCGAGUUGCUCUAGAAGAGAGCCAAAUAUUGGUCUUCAGAUGUCUCACAGAAAACGUAAGAAAUCUAGACUUACCAUCCAUGAAGGUCUCCGACCUGUGGAAUCUAGUCAAAGAAAUCCCUAACAGCAAGAUUGCAAGCAAAAGAGAAUUGGUGGAAGUGGUCAAAGAGCUAAACAGCGCUGAAAAAGUCAUGUACAAUGAAGAGGACGAAUCAGUUAUUCUUAUACUUUAA